UAUAUACGUACAAGAUGCCUAAGAAGCCGAUUAAACAAGGGUAUAAAAUCUAUGGAAUUGCGGAUCACGGAUAUAUAUAUAAUUGGGCUUGGAGCUCAAGGGAGAAGGGAUUACAAAGGAUGGUUCUCUACCCUACUCUCACGAAUACCGGUUCUCUCGUACGAAACCUAGCGCUUUCCCUCCCACACCGCUACUUGACGAUAUAUCUCGAUAAUUACUUUACCUCUGUGCCCUUAUUUUCAGAGCUACGAGCCUGUAAAUUCGGUACCGUAGGUACUACCCGCCCGUAUAAGCUAUUUCCUUCUGAUUUAUCGGCAAUCAAAAAUCGAUUCGCAAAAAAGCUAGAAUGGAAUACACUUCUUACUAUAGUAGUUCAGGACACACUUUGUCUAACUUGGCAGGAUAAUAGUAUUGUUCUAGCAUUGAGCAAUAUUCAUACUGUGGAUAAGGCAGAGGACUUUCGUACGAAGGAAAGGAGGCGUCCUGCAAAGACGUCUACAAAUGGGCGAAUCGUACGGGACGUUUUUGGUAACUUACUAAUAAAGGAGCUUCUGAUUCCUUGCUUUAUUAAUAAUUACAAUCAGAAUAUAGGAGGUAUAGACCUUGCAAAUUAA